AUGGCCACCCUAUCAACAUCACCCAUCUCCCUCCUCUGGGUUUCCUGGACAGACAUGGAUAAACUCGUCGACGUCGAAACCUACGGCUUACCCCAAAUCACCAAAUGGACGAAGGCUCAAGUCAAGUCCCAAUUCGCCUCCAAAGACCUCGCUCCCAUCUGCUGUCCCCACCUCCGCGCUCCCCGCAUCCCAGAAGCUAUUGUCGAAAUCAACAAUUCGCGGAACAACGCGCCGGCUAUGCAAUAUUACAUGACCAACAACAGGUUCUGGCUGGCACACCGUAUGCUGCUGCAAGCGCAGUUCCAGUCUGCGGUGAGGUUUACGACGGAUGAGUGUUAUUAUUUGCUGGAGGAGGGGGAGGCGGUUGUGGAGGUUAACGGUAGGCCGUUGACGGGAGUGGAGAAGAGGAUGUUGGAUGUUGAGCCGGGGCAAGUGGAUAUGAGCCGACGGAGAUGA